AUGGCACAUGCCAAUGGGGCAGCGAACAAUGCGACGAACCGCUCGAACAAGCAAGAGGGGGUGAAUGGCCACAACGGAGUUAAGACGAUACCGACAACAAUAGCGGCGAGUCCUGAGAAAACAGACUACAGCAGAUGGAGGCUCAGAGAUGACCGAGGCUGUCAGACCUGGCAUUAUCUCGAAAGCGACGAGGAAGUAAAGGCAUGGCCGCAGAGCACAGCGGACAAGUACUUUCUAGGUCUCGACACUGCCCUCCCCAAACUCAAGCCAGCUAGGACUCCCCUCGAAGCCGCCCACAACGGCCUCUCCUUCUUCUCCAACCUCCAACUGCCACCCGGAAACUGGGCGUGUGAAUAUGGCGGCCCCAUGUUCCUCCUGCCCGGCCUCGUCAUCACAUGGUAUGUCACCGAGACACCCAUACCAGCCUCGCACGCGAUUGAAAUCAAAAACUACCUCUUUGCGCGCGCGCAUCCCGACGACGGCGGAUGGGGUCUGCACAUUGAAGGCGAAAGCAGCGUCUUUGGCACCGCAAUGAACUACACCGUGCUGAGACUACUGGGCGUUGAUGCCGAGGACCCGCGCAUGCGCAAGGCAAGAGAGACGCUGUGGAAGUUGGGCGGCGCUUUGCAUGGCCCCCAUUGGGCAAAGUUCUGGCUCAGCGUGCUGGGCGUGACGGAGUGGGAGGUUGUCAAUCCUGUACCGCCCGAGUUGUGGCUACUGCCAGACUGGGCGCCGAUUGCGCCAUGGCGGUGGUGGAUUCAUAUGCGGCAGGUCAUGUUGCCCAUGUCGUGGAUUUGGUCGAGGAGGUGGUCAUACCCGCUGAAUGAUUUGACGCGUCAGUUGCGAUCAGAGCUUAUACCACAGCCGAUUGAGACGGUCGACUUUGGAGCCUACCGCAACACAAUCUCACCCAUGGACAAUUACCAUCCCAAGACCUGGCUGCUCAAGGUUUUGUUCUGGUUCAUGGCGGCCAUCUGGGUGCCCUACCUGCGCCCCAACUGGAUGAUCAAGCGUGCCGAGGAGCAUGUCUGGUGGCUCGUUCAGGCCGAAGACGACAACACCGACUACGCAAAUCUGGGGCCGGUAAAUGGACCGAUGAAUGCGCUUGUCUGUUACAUCGAGCUCGGUCCUGAUUCCCACAACUUCCGCGAGCAUCUCAAGACGCUGCCAGAGUUCUUGUGGGUCAAGGACGAGGGCAUGCUCAUGAACGGCACAAACGGUGUGCAGACCUGGGACACGGCUUUCCUCAUCCAAGCCGUCGAGGCCUGCGGCUGGUGCGAGGACGAGAAGUGGAAGCCGAUGCUCCACAAGGCCCUCGAGUUCCUCGAAGACCAGCAGAUUUUGGAAGAGUGUCGCGGCCAGCAGGCCUGCUACCGCCAACAACGCAAAGGCGCAUGGGGCUUCAGCACGCGCAAGCAGGGCUACACAGUCAGCGACUGCACCUCGGAAGCCCUCAAAUCCACCCUCAUCCUCCAAAGCCAACACCACUACCCACCCCUCGUCUCCGACCAGCGGAUCAAAGACGCCAUCGACGUCCUGCUCACCAUGCAAAACCCGUCUGGCGGCUGCGCCUCGUACGAGCCGACGCGCGGCAGCCCUUUGCUCGAACACCUCAACGCCGCCGAAGUGUUUGGCAACAUCAUGAUUGAAUACGACUACCCGGAAUGCACCACCGCCGUCCUCACCGCCCUCGACGCCUUCUCCCAUCUGUACCCCUCCUACCGCGCCCCCGAAAUCGCCGCUUUCCGCGCCCGCGCCCUCGCCUACAUUCGCGCCGCCCAGCGACCCGACGGCAGCUGGUACGGCAGCUGGGGCAUCUGCUUCAGCUACGCCGCCAUGUUUGCGCUCGAGAGCCUCGCCUGCGCCGGCGAGACGUAUGCGAAUUCCGAACGCGUCCAACGCGCCUGUCGCUUCUUUGUCGAGCGCCAGAUGGCCGAUGGCGGGUGGGGCGAGACGUACAAGUCGUGUGAGGAGGGGGUUUGGAGGCCGCAUGAGCGUAGUCAGCUGGGUUUCCGGAUCAGGAGGUGUUGA